CCGGAGGCCAUUUGGAAGUACCGCUAUGCAUCCCUCGCACAUAGUGUUAACAUGCCUGUGCCAGCCUAUGCCAAUCUACGCACGGGUGUGUGUGUCCUGGUUAUUGUUUGCUGAUAGCUUGUGUAUUUGUGUGUUCGUGUAUUUUGUUUUCUAAGUUUCAGUUGAUCUAACUAAAAGGGCAUUUUUGCCAUUAUUGGAUAAUUGGGUAUCUUAGUUUAGUAUUGAUAAGAUUGGGUAAAUUUUUUUUUGUGUAUUUAAUUUAAUUUUUCUAAAAUAUUUAUUUAUUUAUUUUUUUUCGCAAUAAUCUUAAAAUCAAAUCGGAGUCUUCUUUCAGUGUCUGCUAGAAAUAAAGUUUCCAGAUAGGUUUGUAAGAUUUUGUGAAUGGGAAUGGAAGGGAGGUCUUAAUCUUACAUGUAGGGAGUAGACUGAGAAUGCGAAAAACUAAAAUCGGAGAGGUGAGUUCAAAUUUCAUUAUCUGAUAGACUCGUAUUCAUGAAUUAAAUUAGAAUGCUACAAAAAUGAACUCAAUCGGCAACAAUAUUAUCGACGACAAUAAUCCUAACCCCGACCUCAUCGAACCUCAUCAUCACCACCACAACCCUCUCCAAACGCCGUCGCACCCUCAGCCUCAGCCUCGGCGCCCCCGUGGCUUCGCCGCUACGGCCGCCGCCAAUGCAAUGAGCCCUACCAACAGCGCCACCGGGAAGGGAAAAAAGGAGAGGGAGAAAGAGAAGGAGCGGACCAAGCUCCGAGAGCGACAUCGCCGUGCUAUCACCAGCAGGAUGUUGGCUGGGUUGAGGCAAUAUGGUAAUUUCCCACUUCCUGCGCGUGCUGACAUGAAUGAUGUACUAGCUGCGCUAGCGCGUGAGGCUGGCUGGACUGUGGACCCUGACGGAACUACGUAUAGACAAUCUCCGCCUAUUCAACAGCAGCAGCAGCAGCAGCAGCAACAACAACAACAACAACAACAAAUGGCGGCAUUUCCUGUGAGAUCGGUUGGGAGCCCGCUAUCCGGUAAUUCAUUGAAGGGACAUCCUAUGAAAACAGCUGUUGAGUGUCAACCAUCGGUACUCAGAAUUGAUGAGAGCUUGUCGCCUGCAUCUCUUGAUUCUGUUGUAAUUCCUGAGAGGGAUGCUAGGACUGAUAAAUAUACCAGUGCCAGCCCCAUCAACUCAGUUGAAUGUUUGGAGGCUGAUCAGCUUAUACAGGAUGUUCGUUCUGGGGAUCAUGAUAAUGAUUUUACAGGAACACAAUAUGUCCCUGUUUAUGUAAUGCUUGCAACUGGUUUCAUCAACAAUUUUGGCGGAUUGGUUGAUCCUGAGGUUCUUAGACAAGAGCUAAGCCAUAUGAAGUCUUUAAAUGUAGAUGGUGUUAUUGUAAAUUGUUGGUGGGGUAUUGUGGAAGGCUGGAAUCCACAAAAAUACGCAUGGACUGGCUAUAGAGAACUAUUCAACAUAAUCCGAGAGUUCAACAUGAAGUUGCAGGUUGUAAUGGCAUUUCAUGAGUAUGGAAUGAAUGACUCUGGUGAUGUGCUGAUCCCACUUCCACAAUGGAUUAUGGAAAUUGGAAAAGGCAAUGAAAAUAUAUUUUUCACUGAUCGUGAAGGAAGAAGAAAUACUGAAUGCCUAUCUUGGGGUGUUGACAAAGAAAGAGUUUUAAAAGGAAGAACUGGUAUUGAGGUCUACUUUGAUUUUAUGAGAAGCUUUCGCACAGAGUUUGAUGACUUGUUUGUGGCGGGUUUCAUUUCUGCUGUUGAAAUUGGACUUGGACCAUCUGGAGAACUGAGGUAUCCUUCUUUUCCUGAUAGGAUGGGAUGGAGGUAUCCUGGCAUUGGUGAGUUUCAGUGCUAUGAUAAAUAUUUACAACAAAACCUAAGAAAGGCUGCUAGAUUGCGGGGACAUUCAUUCUGGGGUAGAGGACCUGAUAAUGCUGGUCAAUAUAAUUCGAGACCUCACGAAACUGGCUUCUUCUGUGAACGAGGGGAUUAUGAUAGCUAUUAUGGGCGCUUUUUCCUCCAAUGGUAUGCCCAGUCAUUAAUUGACCAUGCAGAUAACGUAUUAUCGCUUGCAAGCCUUGCAUUCGAAGAUAUAAAGAUUAUUGUUAAGGUUCCUUGCAUUUAUUGGUGGUACAAGACUACCAGCCAUGCAGCUGAGCUUACAGCUGGAUACCACAACCCUACAAACCAGGAUGGAUACUCUCCCAUUUUUGAGGUUCUAAAGAAGUACUCAGUGACAAUGAAGUUUGUUUGCUCUGGACUGAAUCUGCAGGAUCGUGAAGCUCUGGCUGAUCCAGAAGGUUUGAGCUGGCAGGUCAUUACUUCAGCCUGGGAUCGAGGAUUGUCUGUAGCUGGUGAGAAUGCACUUUCGUGUUAUGACAGGGAAGGAUGCAUGAGAAUAGUUGAAACAGCUAAGCCAAGAAUUGACCCUGAUCGUCGUCACUUUUCAUUCUUUGCAUAUCAACAGCCGUCUUCUUUGCUGCAAGGGACAAUUUGCUUCUCAGAUUUGGAUUGUUUCAUUAAAUGCAUGCACGGAGACAUAUCAAGCGAUCUCCUUCCCUGAUGGAGUUUUGAAGUGUGAACUUUUUGUGCAUCAUAAGAGGAUGAAGCUCUGGUUUCAACCACCUCCAUUUGUUGCGGGUUCAGAUGUGGCUUGAAGAACUGCAUAAUUUUAAGGGUUUGUGUGCAUAAAUUUUAGUGUACCAUGUUGCAUAGUUUCUGUUAGUUUUUCUGUUGACAGUACAGUUCUACUGGUUAGAUCCCUGACCGCAAGCAGGGCAGAGGCAUGCACGUUGAUUGAUGCAACAACUCCAUUGACUAUGUUUAGCUUUGGACUAGAUAAGUCAAAGAGCCAGUAGCGAUACUUUUCUUAGUAGUACGUUUUGGUGAUAGAUGAGUAUUGAAUCUAAAUUAGUAAUAAGAGAUCACUCUACUGCAUCAUGGUUCA